AUGUCUCAGAUUGGUGAAGAUAUUGAAGCUAUGAAACCCAUAGAUUUAGAAGUCUCCCCUUCACAUGUUGAGACCCCAGUUGUGACCCUUCAACCCCCUACCCCUAAAGAUCAACAGCCCCUAGUCUCACUUUUGAAUCCCCCACAGGCAGGAAAUUGCUUAGAUGCCACUGAUUCAGUCCUGUUCACUAAUGGAGGGAAAGCUCUGUCCCUUUCAGUGAGUGACAUAAACCCAGCAGAGAUACAGAAGGUGGUGGUUGAGCAUAUUGUAAGGAGUGAAGGUGUUAGCCCACACUUACAAUCUCCAGUAAGGCUUCGUUCCUUUUCUGGAAAGAUUCCUAGACCCAGUAACGAAGUUGAUUACGACACUUGGCGCUCACAUAUUGAACUUCUGUUAAGUGAUCCUAGCAUGUCCCAUCUUCAGAUCUCAAGAAUAAUUCUCGAAUGUCUACUUUCGCCUGCAGCAGAUGUGGUUAAAGGGCUGCGGCCUGGGUCUCCCCCCAUCGCUUACCUGCAGCUCUUGGACUCCGCCUUUGGUACUGUUGAGGAUGGGGAAGAACUCUUUGCCCAGUUUAUGAACACCCUUCAAGACCCGGGUGAGAAACCCUCCACUUAUCUUCAUCGAUUGCAAUUAGCAUUGAACCUAGCUGUCAGAAGGGGUGUGGCUGCACCGGCCGAUGUAGAUAAACUCCUACUCAAACAGUUCUGUAGAGGAUGCUGGGACAAUUCUUUACUUUCUUGCCUGCAACUUGAGCAGAAGAAAAGCAACCCCCCUUCAUUUGCGGACCUCUUGCUGUUACUAAGGAAAGAAGAAGAUACACAGUUAGCAAAAGCUAGUCGUAUGAAAAAACACAUUGGCACCACCAGGCAACGUGGCCAGCUUCAGUUCCAAAGUGCGUGGGCCUGUGCAGAGUCAAAAGAGAAGUCAGAGGUCAGUCUCAGUGUUAUUGAGGAUCUUGGGAGGCAAGUAGCCAGUUUACAAAGCCAAUUAACCUAUUUGAUGGCACAGAAAAAGACAAAGGGGGCUGAUAACAUGGGUGCAGCAGGGAAAAGUCCAGGCAAAGUACAAAAACCAGACCGUGCUAACACAGACAUGAUAAAACAGGCCAAGAAAAAGCAGACUAACAGACCCAGGCCUUGGUACUGCUUUAACUGUGGGAAGGAUGGGCACAUUGCCCCAGUUUGCACAGACAGGGCAAAUUCUGCUUUAGUAGCUGAAAAGAAAAAACAGUUAGAGGAGAAGCAGCACAAGUGGGAUGCACAAAACAGUCUCAGCUUGCCUUUAAACAACUAG